UUCGCUUCAUCUUUCCCAGCAAGCCUCGCGCGAGCGCCGGCUAUUGAUUGGCUGCGGCGCUAGCAGGAGGCUCUGCCGGCAGCAGUUAUCCAGGGUUUCCGGUACGAGGGCAGAGCGGGCGAAGCCGUCAGGGCGUCGGCGGUGAGGAUCUGCUCCUAACCUAACAUUGCAAACCACAAUGAAGAACCAAGACAAAAAGAAUGGGGCUGCCAAGCAAUCAGGCAACACUUCCAACCCAAAAAACACCCCGGAGCAACCGGAAGCUGGACCCGGGGGAGCCCAGGGGCGGCCCAGCCAGUCGGCUCCUGCGACAGAAGCUGAAGGUUCCACCAUCCAGGCUCCAGGGAAGGCUGAGGGAGCACAAGCCAAAACUGCUCAGUCUGGGGCCCUCCAGGAUGUCUCUGAGGAGCUGAGCCGCCAGCUGGAAGACAUCCUCAGUACAUACUGUGUUGACAACAGUCAGGGGGGCCCAGGCGAGGAUGGGGCACAGGGUGAGCCAGCUGAACCCGAAGAUGCAGAGAAGUCCAGGACCUAUGCCUCGAGGAAUGGGGAGCCCGAGCCAGAGACCCCAGUAGUCAAUGGUGAGAAAGAGACUUCCAAGGGGGAGCCGGGCACAGACGAGAGCCGGGCAAGUGACGAGGUCGUAGACCGAGACCACCGAAGGCCACAGGAGAAGAAGAAGGCCAAGGGUCUGGGAAAGGAGAUCACGUUACUGAUGCAGACGUUGAACACGCUGAGUACCCCAGAGGAGAAGCUCGCGGCUCUGUGCAAGAAGUAUGCUGAGCUGCUGGAGGAGCACCGGAACUCCCAGAAGCAGAUGAAGCUCCUGCAGAAGAAGCAGAACCAGCUGGUACAGGAGAAGGACCACCUGCGUGGCGAGCACAGCAAGGCUGUCCUGGCCCGCAGCAAGCUCGAGAGCCUGUGCCGAGAGCUGCAGCGCCACAACCGUUCCCUCAAGGAAGAAGGCGUGCAGCGGGCCCGGGAGGAGGAGGAGAAACGCAAGGAGGUGACCUCGCACUUCCAGGUGACACUGAAUGACAUCCAGCUGCAGAUGGAACAGCACAAUGAGCGCAAUUCCAAGCUGCGCCAGGAGAACGUGGAGCUGGCUGAGAGGCUCAAGAAGCUGAUUGAGCAGUACGAGCUACGGGAGGAGCACAUUGACAAAGUCUUCAAACACAAGGACCUACAGCAGCAGCUGGUGGACGCCAAGCUCCAGCAGGCCCAGGAGAUGCUGAAGGAGGCAGAGGAGAGGCACCAGCGGGAGAAGGAUUUUCUCCUCAAAGAGGCUGUGGAGUCGCAGAGGAUGUGCGAGCUGAUGAAGCAGCAGGAGACCCACCUGAAACAGCAGCUUGCCCUAUACACGGAGAAGUUUGAAGAGUUCCAGAACACUCUUUCCAAAAGCAGUGAGGUGUUCACCACGUUCAAACAAGAGAUGGAAAAGAUGACUAAGAAGAUCAAGAAGCUGGAAAAAGAAACCACCAUGUACCGGUCCCGGUGGGAGAGCAGCAACAAGGCCUUGCUUGAGAUGGCCGAGGAGAAAACACUCCGGGACAAAGAGCUGGAGGGCCUGCAGGUCAAAAUACAGCGGCUGGAGAAGUUGUGUCGGGCACUGCAGUCAGAGCGCAAUGACCUGAACAAGAGGGUGCAGGACCUAAGUGCUGGGGGCCAGGCUCCCCUCACUGACAGCGGCCCUGAGCGAAGGCCAGAGGCUGCCAAUACCUCCAAGGAACAGGGUGGCGAGGGGCCCAGGGUCCAAGCACCUAGCUCCCCAAGGGUCACAGAAGCUCCUUGCUGCCCCGGAGCACCGAGCAUGGAAGCAUCAGGCCAAACUGGGCCCCAGGAACCCGCCUCCAUCACUGCCUAGGGAGCUGGGAAGGGAGCGAGCAGCCCAGCCAGGCCUGGCCCAUGUGAGGCUCCCGCCGCUGAGGCCCAGGGUGCUGUGACCUGGCUGCCAUCUGACUCUUUGCAGUUUUGGAUUUUGUGGGUCAGUUUUACGUACAUAUGGCAUAUGUGCAAGGCCUCAUACAUUUAUAUCUGUAAGUGUAAAACGGGCUUGCAUCAGAGGUGGGGGUGUGUACAGAUGAAGUCAGUGGCUCUUCUGUGAGCUGAAGAGUCUUAAAGCGGAGUUGUCGUCUGUGGCUGCCGUCACAGUAAGUUGGCAGGAGAAGUGAUUUGAGCGUUUCCCUGCCCAAUUUGAGGCUCAGCCCCUCCCUCCCUGCUACCUUCAGGGCUCAUGACAGGUGACACACCCAGGCCAUGACUGUGUUCUCCUGUUAGUGGGACUUGGGCAGCUCUGGCUCUCCUAGCUCUCCUGGAAGCUCCUUUGCUUCUCUUAAUCUGGAAAAGGGGUCGCCAGGCAGAGCAUUGACAAAGCACUCAGAGCCAGUGAUUAGACUGCUUCCCUACCUAGGACAAGGGACCUGGAGCAUGUUCUGUGCGGGAUGAUGUGCUGGUAGGGAGCCCCUCAGCUUCCCCUGCGCUCCGGUAGUGCCAGGACCAGGCCAAUGAUGCUUCGCAGUAGCCUUAUCAUUCACAGGUGCCUCUGUAGCCUGCACAAAUGAUUGACGAGAUCAUCAAAAGGAUUCUUUCUGAAGGUUUUUGGGUUUUGUUCUGUUUGCCUUGGUUUUGUUUCGGUUUUGCACAUGACAGUGUUUGUUUUGAGGAUCUUCUGAGGAAGAAGGGGUGCUAUGGUGGUGGUGCCUGGGUUCCUGGCCUCCAGUGCCCCACCCCCUCACCACCCCACCUGGCACCUUUGCCAUGUUGGUGCUCAGGAUUCCUGCUUGAUGAAGUCAGAUUGUUUGUUUAUAGUGAGAGAAAGGAAAGGGCUUCUGAUGGCUUUGUCACAAGCUUACAAUCCUGGGAGGCCACUGCUGAUGCCACCACCACUGUCUCCAUGCAGCAGUUGCCGGGCCCCGGGUCCAGCUGUCCCUUUGGCCUCAUGAGUCUGUUUCUGCUUCCUGCACCCACACCACCAAUGUGCAUUCUUUUGAGGUUUGCCGUGAUUUUGUUGCCCAAGUAGUAAGAGCUGUGAUAUGUCCCCCUUGACAUCCCAUUUCUUCCUGUGUGGGAGCCCCCAGCUCUUAUCUGACAGCUAAUGGGUAAGAAUGCGACUCAGCCAUUGACUGAGCCCCAGAAGUCCACAGAAUGGCUGCAGAUAGUUGUGUGUGUUUUCCUCUCUAGCUCCACCACUCCCACCCCUCAUACAUGCUACUCUAUACUCUGAAAGUCCUGCUGGUGGCAAACUUGCCAGUGUAUUAGUCAAUCUUUGUACAGAACAAUGUUCUGGAACAGCAGAAUGAGUCUUGGGUCAGGAAGCAGGCUACGCUGCGUUUGGGGUCCUAUAACCCCAUCUCCAGCUGGGCCUCAGCUUCAGUAUAGCUGAGGGAGCCACAGACCAAGAUGGAUCGGAGGGUUGAGUUUUUGCUUCUUGCUGUAUUUCCUUGAAGUUAAUUCAUUAUCUUAUAAGUCCCUUCAUCUUCCACAAAUAGCCCGCUCUUUUCAGCCCUUAACUUAAAUCCCUCAGAUAAUUAGGUUCAUGAAGAGUGCUAAGUACUCCUGAAUUAUGUUAGGACUUAGACCAGAGAUGGCAAAUGAAUGGCACAGCAUUUCCCCUCUUCCCCCCAUGGUAGGUACCACUAAUCUGCUUCGGAGUAUUCCCUGCUAAAUCCCUGGUAUAUCAUUUCUCAAGAUUCCCCCAGCAACCAGUAUGAGUGUUGAGACGUAUUUGCCAUCCCUGGCUGAGAUACUGCUCUGCUGAGGAACAUAAGAGCUGCCAACCCCAUACGGGGUUUGCUGAGCUAAGGAAGUACAGAGAAGAGACAGAAGUUUCUGCCUGCCCCCUUCAAAACAAGCAGGAAGGCCUGCAGUGACCCACAUGAUUGCCUGCCCCACUUCAGCUACCUCUUAAAGCCCAUAGUGUUGGUGGGGAGGGGACUGUUGGAGCCCAGUGUGCUGUGGGGAACUAUAGCCCUCGGAAACCAAGUCUAGCUGCUGAGGAUCUACAGUGAGCAAGGUGGCCCCAGCUGUGCAGGGUAGAACCUCUGCUCUCACCUCCAGCCGCCUGUCUCUAGGCAUCCAGGCUAGGCUAUAAUUGGGGACCCCAUUCUUCUUCCUGUUCGUUGACCAAAUCUUAACCGAUCACUACAGCUGCUCUGCUUGCUCUGCUUCCCAAAGUCAGCCCAGGUUUCUGGGUGCUGCCCAUACCGGCCAGGGUCCUGGGCCAGAUGAAGAGGUGACCUAUCCAUGAGUGAAGACCAGUUCCUUCCUCCCUGGGGCAGGUCUCAUGCCCAUGACCUCAGUUUUAGGACCAAGAGCUGUGUUGGUUUCUUAGAUUGCUAGUUUUUCCUCCAGGGGACCACAGCAGGUGAGGCUCUGCUGACAGUAAUUUGUGCUCAGGGUCUUGUCCAGCUGAGAGCUUCAUGUACACCAGAUUCUGAGAGGUGUCAGCAGCACUUUUAAAAAAUUUUGUUUCCCGUGAGGUUUUUGGACCAUGGGCUGCGCUCAGGCACUUUCUAUAAGAGAAUGUUAUGUCUGUAAAAAUGGUUAUUUCCCCUCCUCCACCCCCACCCUGGUGGCCCUUCGGAGGGCUGACCAAAAGGCCAGUGGAGCUGCCCUGGUGUCUAUGGGGGAGGGCCGAGGCCUGCUGAGUUGGUUCUCCAGCUGCUGCUCCAGCCCUCCCACCUUGCACAGCACAGAGGAGGUCAUCCUAGGGACAUCCAGGCACCCGCCUGGGGGAAGGGUGCUGCCUUCUGUCCCUGUAACUGCUUCCCUUAUGGCCCAACCUGGCUGUCCAGAUUUGUUUGAAGCUGUGCUGACGGCCUUUUUUUGUCUCUGUUUGGUAUUCACAACAGCCAGGGACUUGAUUUUGAUGUAUUUUAAAACCACAUUAAAUAAAGAGUCUGUUGCCUUAACUUUUUUCUCUCCUGACCUUCGUGGUCAUUUGCUGCUUUUGGGUCCAUCCAGCCACACUGAUGUGUCCACAUCUGCUACGAAGUCUCUGGCUCUGCCUUCCAACAGUCACCGCAGGCUCAGGACACUAGCAAAUACACUUCAGCUGCCUGAGUGGAGCCCUUGGCAAAGUUGGUGUGAUGCUCAUCAUAUAUAUAUGAUUUUUCUCAAUCAAAAGUUGUCCCUGUCAAAAAAAGAAUUGUCCUUGUUCCCUGAGGGUUUACAGGCUAGUGACGGGGAAAGGUGGUUUUAGAUACAGAAAGGUUGGUUGUGAUAUGGGAGCAUGGGAGAGGUCCUGUUCCCUUCAGCAAGGGGAUAGAACUGGAUCCUGGAAGGUCCUUAGGACCCAAAGGGCAAGUGGAAGUUUGACAUUUAGCGAGGAAGUGGUUGACAAUGCAGGUGCACAGGAGGUUGGUGGGAGAUGAGGCAGGGGCCAAAUCACGAGCCUGUGUGCCAGGUUAAGGAAUUCGUGCUAGAUCCAGGAGACACGGGCAGCCGCCUAAGUUGUUUAGACAGGAAAUCGGUCGAGUCCAUGAGGAAGACAAAAAGCAAGGAGACCAGAGAGUUGGCCAUAGGCCAAUGGGGGCCCAAAUUAAGAUGAGGGGACACUGUCAUCACUGCCACUGGGAGCUGUCUGCCAUGCAUAGCAUCCUUUUGGCACUGGCCCACCCAAGGGAAUACACAGGAACCUCCAGGUUCCUUUGAUUCCUUUCCUUGUCAUUCCAUGACAAGACCCAAACUGCACGUAGUCCUUAAGAAUGGGCUGUUUCUAACUCCUGUUCACCCACCCCAAGGCUAGGUGUAAAAGUUGAGACUCCUAUAAGGGAGACAUCCUACUGGUGGCCUCACCCAGCACCCUGUUCUCUGCCCUCCCUUGGCUGAUCUGGCUCAAAGGAUUAUAUAUGAAUGCCCCCCAAAUGGCAGAGGCAAACUGCAUUUCCCUCCAGGCCUCCACAGGCAGACAUUUCCACGCUGGCUGUGACAACCCCCACAAAACCUCUGCCCCUUCAGGCCAGGAUCCUGAUGGGUUGAUAUGUUUCUGUGCCAGCCACAUGGGUUGGUUCCAGUUAAAUAUCCUUUGGAGGGGGUCCAGGGAGACUGCCACAAUUCUUGGAGCUCCAGAUUAAAGCAGCUCUGAGAAUAACUUCACCCUAGAGGUGCUCCUGGACUCUCUGCCACUUUCCUGGAGGAGCCUUUGUGCCACUCUCUAGCAGCCCUGGUAGGGGAGGAGAGGGACUUCCAGCUGUCCCCUCUGCCUACCUACACAGACCCCUCCCUCAGACCCCUGGUUGUGGAAGUCCCAAAGUAAUGUCUCCCCUUCUGGAGCAGUCUAGGUGUUGGAAGCAUCUGGGAAAGAGCCCUGUUCAGGUGCCUUUGGAAAGAGUGCCCAGCCCUCUGGAACUCGGGGAGGCCUGGGCCCAGGGAGGCUCUGCUCCUGCCCAGUGGGAGGGGAAGGUAGGUAGGGUCACUGUGCGCUGGCCCCGGGGCAGUUAUCUGAGACUACAGGGCAGCCUCCUGUUGCAUCAGAUGCUUCUCUGGGGACCUGAGCUGGGAGCCUCUGCCAGGUCUUUUGUUAGCUGCCCCAUUGGUCUGGCCUCCUGGGGUGGCACCAGCAGCGCUGGGUCAGCCUCCCAUCAGGCACAUAAGUUUCCCGCCUGGGGGCUGGUGUCAAGCGCUGGGUAAUCACACUGGUUUUGCUCUAACCUGAUGCUCCCCACACGUGGCCCCUAGGCCUGGGUGUGGGGAGAGGGUCGGCUUGGUCUUGUCAUUUCAUGAGUGACUGAAUACAGCCCUCACCACCUACCAGCAAAGAGUGUCUGGGUGCUGUGGGGGAAUGGUGUUACCUCAGAAGACUACUGUUGGGACUUCCAUGGUGGUUCAGCGGCUCCCAGCGUGGGGGGCCCGGGUUUGGUCUGUAAUCAGGGAACUAGAUCCCAUGUGACACAACUAGAGUUUGCAUACCGCAACUGAAAAUCCCGCAUGUCGCAAUGAAGACCGGGUGCAGCCAAAUAAAUAAAUAUAUUUUUUAAAAAAGA